UCUAAUCAUUUUUCUUACUCUUGCCUUCAUUUUUCUUAAUCUUCGACCUUUGAAAUCUCUCUCUUUCUCUCUCUCUCUCUCUCUCUCUCCCCUCCUCGUCGCAGAUAUGUACAAGGGACCGGGACUCUUCACGGAUAUUGGCAAGAAAGCCAAAGAUCUGUUGACAAAAGACUAUCUAUCGGAUCAGAAGUUCUCCGUUUCCACUUACAGUGAUGCUGGUGUGGCCAUCACAUCAACUGCUGUGAAGAAGGGAGGACUAUCAACUGGUGAUGUUGCAGCACAAUACAAGUACAAGAAUACUUUAGUUGAUGUCAAAGUUGAUACAGAAUCCAACAUCUCAACAACUUUGACUGUUACUGAGGUGGUCCCUUCAACAAAGACCAUAGUUUCAUUCAAACUGCCUGAUUACAAUUCUGGGAAGCUGGAGGUUCAAUACUUCCAUCACCAUGCAGCAUUAACUACUGCUGUUGCUUUGAAGCAAUCACCUCAUGUCGAUCUUUCCCUUACAAUUGGUACUCCUACAUUUGCCAUUGGUGCUGAAGCUGGAUAUGAGACCAAUUCUGGUAGCUUCUCUAAGUAUACAGCUGGCAUCAGCAUAACCAAGCCAGAUUCUUCUGCAUCGAUAAUUCUGGGAGAUAAAGGAAACACGAUAAGAGCUUCAUAUGUCCAUCAUUUCGAUCAUCUGAAGAAGAGUUCAGCAGUUGCAGAGAUAGCUAGAACAUUGUCCACAAACGAGAACACGUUUACAGUUGGAGGAUUGUUUGCAGUUGAUCAUCUUACAUCUGUCAAAGCAAGGUUGAACAAUAAUGGAAAACUCGGGGCACUAUUGCAGCACGAAGUCCUGCCGAAAUCGCUCGUCACCAUUUCCAGUGAGUUCGACACAAAAGCCUUAGAGAAGACUCCCAAGUUCGGUUUGUCCCUUGCACUCAAGCCAUGAAGAUGUUACAACUAUAUUUGAACAACUUUUUAUUUUUUUUAUUUUGAAAAAAAUCGGUUUCUUAUGCUCCUUUGCCUGUAACUUGAAGAGUGUUUCCGAUUCUUUAAAGAAACGGAAAAAAGGCAGCAUUUGAGAGAAGACAGCAAAAUAAGUGAACUUGCGGAAAUUUGUCUUCUAGGCUUUGAAUUUCUUUAGUUUGAUUGUUUUUCAUGUUUUGGCCAAGCAAUUAUGGCUAUUUUUAACCUUUC